AUGUAUGAGAAUGAUAGUGUCAACGACUUCCAGUACGUGUCCACCACGUGUCAACGACCUCCAGCACGUGUCAACGACCUCCAGCACGUGUCAACGACCUCCAGCACGUGUCCAGCACGUGUCCGGCACGUGUCAACGACCUCCAGCACGUGUCAACGACCUCCAGCACGUGUCAACGACCUCCAGAACGUGUCAACGACCUCCAGCACGUGUCAACGACCUCCAGCACGUGUCCAGUACGUGUCAACGACCUCCAGCACGUGUCAACGACCUCCAGCACGUGUCAACGACCUCCAGCACGUGUCCAGCACGUCUCCGGCACGUGCCAACGACCUCCAGCACGUGUCAACGACCUCCAGCACGUGUCAACGACUUCCAGAACGUGUCAACGACCUCCAGCACGUGUCAACGACCUCCAGCACGUGUCCAGCACGUGUCAACGACCUCCAGCACGUGUCAACGACCUCCAGCACGUGUCAACGACCUCCAGCACGUGUCCAGCACGUGUCCGGCACGUGUCAACGACCUCCAGCACGUGUCAACGACCUCCAGCACAUGUCAACGACCUCCAGCACGUGUCCAGCACGUGUCAACGACGUCCAACACGUGACAACGACGUGUCCCAUAGUGCUCAAACCACGUAAAGUGCACACCACAAUAGCCAGCUGGCUCUCCAUGUCUUCGUCUUUCACGCCUCAGAGCCAUUGUUUCCAAGUACGUUUGGCGAUGAUUGAAGAUUGCCUGUGUUAG